GUCACUGCCCUGAAAUUGCAAGGUUGAGUUUGGUGCUCUCCGGACCUUUAUAUAGGAACUAGCAGGCACAAGAUAAACUAGCUGCUAACAUAACAAGAAGAUGGAGGGAAAUAACUUGGAUGUGAGAAAAGGAGCUUGGACUAAGGAGGAAGAUGGUCUUCUGAAGCAGUGCAUUGAGAAUCAUGGAGAAGGAAAGUGGCACCAAGUUCCUUACAAAGCAGGGUUGAAGAGGUGCAGGAAGAGCUGUAGACUAAGGUGGUUGAACUAUUUGAAGCCAAAUAUCAAGAGAGGAGAGUUUGCAGAGGAUGAAGUAGAUCUAAUAGUUAGGCUUCACAAGCUUUUAGGAAACAGGUGGUCAUUGAUUGCUGGAAGACUUCCAGGAAGGACAUCGAAUGGUGUGAAAAAUUAUUGGAACACCCGACUGCGGACGAAUUCUCUGGUGAAAAGGACUACAAAAGAAAAAUCCCAAGAAACAAUAAAGACCAUGGUAAUAAGGCCUCAACCACGAAGUUUCACCAAAAGUUCAAAUUGUUUGAGUUUUAAAGAACCAAUGUUGGACCAUACUCAACUAGAAGAAAAUUUUAGUACGCCAUCACAAACAUCACCAUCAACAAGGAUUGGAAAUGAUUGGUGGGAUACCUUUUUAGAUGACAAUGAUGCUCUUGAAACAGCUACAAGUUCUGGUCCUGAGUUAGAUGAAGAACUGCUCACAAGUUUUUGGGAUGAUGAUGAUAUGCCACAAUCGACAAGAACGUGCAUCAAUUUUUCCGAAGAAGAACUGAGUAGAGGUGAUUUCUCUUUUAACUUGGACCUUUGGAAUCAUUCAAAAGAAGAAUAAAGUAGUUCUUAAGUAGUCUUCCUAGUAGCAAUUAUUUAGCAACUGUUUUUUAUUUGUCUAUUAUUGUUCAAGUCUUUGUAAUGUCGCUCCAUCGUCCCUUUUCCUUUUGUCUUCAUGUUUGAUGACUACUUUGCAUUGUAACAUCUAGCUUGCGUA